AUUGGCUAGCCCCUUCCACGCCUUUAAGCGUUCAUUUCUUUCCGCGAUUACCCAGCACCGCAGCACGCAUUUCACACCCCACUCCGCUCCUGCCCGUGUCGAAAUCGAUUCAGAGACAUCGAGAAAAAGAAGCCCCGUGUCUUUUGCUGGUCUUAACCUUCUCUGGCCUUCGCUGCCCAGGCUGUCAUCACUCGGCAGGCGCAAAUCCCCUUCUCCCCACCUCAACAAACACUUCAAGUCGGGCGUUGGCUGUGCGGCGGCAAGGGUCUUGUCGGGUCUGGGGCCGUCACCAGCGAGGCAGACCCGGUUUCUGCGCUCCAUUUCUCACUUGCCCUCUUCACGCCGGUCGAGGUGAGCCGCUCAAUUUAUACAACGUACCUGCUCCGCUCCGAGCCCCGUCGCGCCUCCCCAACCGCCACCAUCCCUUGUCGCCUUGCUCGGCCCACGCUUCUCUACUUCUCUAUUUUCCUUUUCUUUCCUUCCUCGACAAUCUCCUUUCCUGCCUCGCACAUUUUCGUGUCUCGGCGUGGCCUGCUCUGUGCUCUUUGGCGACAAGUCCCAUGCAUUCUCAUCACCCUGUCGCGUCUGGCUAGACUAGGUUGCCUGCGCCCCCGCUGCCUCUUUGCAUACCUGCCCGCCUCCGUUAGCUGCUCACACCACCCGCCUGGCCUUGUACUCCCACACUUGGGUGGUAUUUGCCUAGUAUUAGAGAGGCGGAGGCGCUGAGCAGGGCGGUAUAUAUACACCAUCCGUGUUACCACACUGGGUGUCUUGCCACUGCUUCGUCAUCAAGCACCGCAGCCGACACCUCGACGUACUAGCGUCGUCACUACUUGACAAGAUCAGAGGGGCUCCACAUCAAGCCUGCCUAUCUGCGUGUCUUUGCACUAUCGCCGAUAACGGCCCGUUACUUUUCUCUACUCCCGUUUCAGCGGCUGUUAACAACGAUGCCUAGAGACGAUCUCUCCAUCGACUUCGUCAAGAAGAUGCCUCAGGGCGAGGCCCUGGACCCGUCCAUGAUCUUGGAUGACUGGACUCACCGCGUGCAAAACUUGCCCGAGGAGAUCCGGUUCAUCCAAGAUGAGAUCGCGGACAAGGAUAGGCAGUACUACGACUGCAUCAAGGCUAUCGAGGAGCGGGAUGCUCGCAUCCAGAAGUUUAUCAAAACCCAUGGAAGCCAUGAGAAGAAUCCACGCGAGGAGAACCUCCGCAGCGUCAUCCGGGAGAAUUUCGCCAAAGCAGACGUCUUGUCGGCAGAAAAGCUCGCUUUAACCGAAAGGAUGACGAUGAUCAUGGACAAGCACCUGCGCCAGCUGGACAUGCAGAUUAAAAUGCUCUACGACCGAAACGAGCCCGGAUUCACUGACCCGGAUGAGCUGCCGUCCCUCUUGCGCCCAACCGCGAGCCAGACGGCCCCUCCCUCGCGAAUCACUCUGACUGUCAAUACCAACAUCGCGUUGGUAUCGAACCAGGUGCACCCCUCCACAGCCGCUACCCCAUGUACCGUCCGCGUCGCAAGCGGCUCGGCGCGGGGGGCACACGCAACAUCGGCUUCAGCCCCAGCCACUCCCGCCGCCAGCAUGAUACUCGGUCGCCAGGCCCGUGAGAUGUCUGCUGGACCCGGCAGCGGCGCCCCUAAGAGGGGGCCGCGGAUCAAUAGCGGACUUGGAAAUGUGCCAGCAACAUCGAGCAGCCUCGCAAGGCACUCUUCGCUGGGACCCGGGACGCCAAAGGGCCACCAGACCGCAACCGGUGCGCAGCGGGCAGGCAGUGCAGGCCCCAGGGCCUCCAUCAAGGGCACGUCGUCUGGGGGAGCUGGCCGGAAGUCUGGAACGCCGUCUUCUUCGCAUAGUCGGAAGAAAAGCACACCCGCAGCCACGGGCGCUGGUGUCAACAAGUCAGGACUCUCUCGGGUCAAGCGGGUAUCGGCGAAAGCGUCGCCAUCUUCAACAGUGGACUCGGACCUGUCCGAUGCCGCGUCACACCAGAGCGGCGACGAGCGCAGCUCCCGCACAGGAACGCCGGGCGUUGCGCUCGGGUCUGCUCCUCAGCACAAAGGCACAACUGGCACGGCUGGCAGGCCGGGCUCGGGGGUGGCGCGCCUUAAGAAGGAGCACAGGGGCUCGGCAGACGAGGAUGACGAAGACGAAGAGAUGCUGGACAUCGAGGACGACGAGGCCGGCGACGACCGCAAGUACUGCAUCUGUCAGAACGUGAGCUUCGGCGACAUGGUAGCUUGCGACAACGCCGAGUGCCCUACGGAGUGGUUCCACUGGGGCUGCGUUGGUCUCAAGGCAGAGCCUACGGGACUCUGGUAUUGCCCAAUUUGCGACGAAACGAUGAAGAAGAACGGGAACAAGGGGAAAUAGGAGCUCCCUGACCGCGAAAUUCAGCGGGGCCAGCAGGGACGAACACCAGCGCAGCAGGAGCGCCGCCCCAAAGGCGGCGUCGAGGACUGUGUCGUGGUUCGCACCAGCCUCGAUCCGCCGCCCGCCGCCGCCUCGGCGCAAAGUGAACCACUGCAGCACCUGGAUGUCUCCGUUCCGACGCGCAGAGGCCCGGUCGUGCUUAGAGCGCUGCGCCACGGGUCACGCCUGCCACCCAGGCCUGCCAAACCUGUCGCGGCGGCGGGCACAAGAUAUGGCCCGGACGAGGGAUCGGUCUCCCGUGACAUGGAGGUCACUCGGGCUGCCCUCGGUUGCGGCAGCUAACGUGUAAAAGAAGGAUCGUGGGCCUCGGUACAUGUGUCGCCCACGCGUGUUGAGUGCGCACGUAAAGGCUACAAAAUACAGCGCGACCCGACGAGUCGAGCUGCGAACUACAUAAUGAGGAAAUCGAAAUAGGUGGUGGUCAUAAUAAAUGGAUUUUGCUCUGCCUCUUAUACAGUGUCUUGGGCCGAGAAUAGAUAUCCACGAUAGCAAGCAGAUAUACGAGAUGACCAACAACAGAUGUGCACUUAUCAUGCAG